AUGAGACGUUCCUUCUCCACCAGCACUCUUCCUCCACAAACCUCGACGACCUCACAAACCGAGUCGCUUGGGUUUUCAAAGAAAAAAUCGUUGAGAUGGAAGAACGAAGAGGAAUUGGUCACGAAUGAGCAGAUUGAACAUAAAGCUUCGCCUCUCUUUGGAAAUUUACAGGGUGGCGAUGAAGAGGAUUAUGAAAACAAAUCGGAUGUAAAUCUGUCGAGUGAAGCAGACACUCUCAGCAUUCGAACUGUGGAAUUAAUGGACAAAUGGGAUACUGGUGAUGGCUCGAAAACAGUUCUCGAUAUCAAUCAUGAUGAAGCAGAUGAAAACCGUCAUCAAGGCGGUCGUCAAGAGCAUGCCAGCCAGCCAUCUUCAAGUCAUCACAUGACAACAGGUUCUGCCUUAAACAUAUCGUCCAUCCAACCGAAAACAAGCAUUGAUCGAGAGUUGAUUUCUUUUUACAAUAGACCGAGUAUGGUCAACGUAUUACAAGAUGAAAAAGCUUCAAGUACUCUCAAUGAUAUCCUGGCAACUUCUGCAGAAAGGCUAUCCAACGAGGUGGUGGCAGUGGGUGCAUCGGCGUCAUCAAGAAGGCCUUCCAUCAUGCUUGGAUUUGGUGAUUUUAAAAGCAAGGAAAAACAACCUCCACCUCCUCCUACGAUACCUCCCAAAGCGACAACUCCACCCACCGAGGACGACCACAAUAAGAAACAUCCAUCUGAACAUCUUGAUGUAAUCACUGUCAAGCCAGCAUCAGUUCUACCUCCUCAUCCAAAAUUUGGAAUAUUAGACGGCGUUUACAUUCCAUGCGUUUCUGCAGUGUUGGGAACGAUUUUAUUUCUUAAGGUGCCCUGGAUUUUAGGAAAUGCGGGUCUUGCAUAUUCGCUCCUAUAUGUUGUGAUUUCAGUGUUGUGCUCAGUAUUCACUUGGAACAGUUUGAGUGCAGUGGUUACGAAUGGUUUAAUUCGAACUGGAGGUCCCAUUACCAUCAUGUCACGAGUAUUGGGCAAUCAAUUCUCUGGCAGUGUUGGAAUUAUAUACUUUAUUGGUUUUAUAUUUUUAUUGUCGCUGCACUCAUUUGGAGCUGCUACUCUAGUGUUAACAACAGUACAUGAUUUUUAUCCAGGCUUUGUCAUUGCAGACAAGGAUGUGAAUAACUUGUAUUGGGAUGUUAUUAUACUAGCUCUUGGAUUUCUAGUACUGCUUUUUCUGUUUGUUUUGAUAGGAAUUAGAGUGGCUGUAAAGGUAGAGAGUAUUUUUAUUAUUGCCGUUGGAGUUUCUGUUUUGUUAUUUGUUAUUGGAUGUUUUGUGACAGUGAAACCUCUUUUCAAAAUUAAUACAGCAAGUUGGGCCACAUUUACUCAAAAUUUUCAUCCUGAUUUUGACAAUGAUGUUGGAUUUUUCUCUGUCAUGGCAGUAAUUUUUCCCACAAUUGUAGGACUUUUAGCUGGCCUUAAUAGAAGUGGUAAUUUGAAAAAUCUUUCAAGAAACAUUCCAGUGGGCACAAUGGCAGCUCUUAUAACUAGCACAUUUGUAUAUAUAGUAGUUUUUGUAUUGAUGAGCUUUGUAGGUGAUAGAAAAAUGAUGAAAAAACACAGUUCGGACUACUUUGCUCUUAUUGCCUUUCCUGAUUUUGGGCUUUCUAUUGGAACGUACAUUGUCAAGGCUGGAAUGCUCAUUGCCAUCCUUGGAGAGGGUCUUCAAGCUCUAAUUGCAGCACCUAGAAUUUUGCAAGCUCUAUCCAACGAUAAUGUUGUUCCAUUUAUUUCAUCGGAUUGGUUUUCAGGAAAUGAAUAUUCAGAGCCUCGUCGAGCCAUCGUUCUCUCUGCGUUUCUAGCAAUUUUCCCUCUUUUUCUUGGCAAUUUAGAGAGUAUCUCAACAUUUAUUGCCAUGCUGCUCUUGCUAUGUUUUGGAUUUUUGAAUUUGGCCACAAUUAUUGCGAGUAUUUCACCAAAUUGGAGACCUCGAUGGAAACAAUUUCAUUGGUCUUUGGGAUUGAUUGGAAUGUUUGUUUGUGGAUUAUUCAUGUUUUUAAUUGGGUGGUAUUGGGCUCUGCUUUCUUUCGCGAUUGGCUUAAUUUUUUAUGUCAUUAUUGAAAUGAAAAACGAAACCUCCUCUUAUGGAGAGGCAUUGAAUGGUCUCAAGUUACAAAGUGCCCUUAAUGCUCUCUACUCAUGUGAAAAUUAUGACCUUUCCAUCAAGCACAAAAAAAAGAGAAUGAAAUCAGAGACAGAAAUGGAUGAAUUUGAAAGAGGUCAGCUGAACAAAAAUUGGCGACCUCAAUUAUUGUGCUUGGUUAAAAUUUUACCUGACAAUACCAUUGUUCAUUCAGAUUUGCUCAAUGUUGCCUUUCAACUCAAAAAAGGUAGAGGAUUGUGCAUUGUAGCAGCCAUCAUUGAAGGAGAUAUUAAGAAGAGUACUUUUAAACUGGCACAAAAGGAAAAACAAGCUCUAACUCUCAAAAUGAAAGAAAAAGGCAUUGCUGGAUUUCCUCAAAUUUUGAUUGCUAGAACCUUUUCAGAUGGAAUUAAACAUUUCAUGCAAUCAGCAGGAUUAGGGCCUCUUUCUCCCAAUACCAUUGUCUUUGGAUUUCCCGUUGUGAAGGAUCGAACUUCUGCUCGUCAUUUUGUGGAAAUGGUCAAAUAUGCUGAAAUUUGUAAUAAGGCUGUUAUUAUUUCCAAAGGAGAUUUUAAUGUAGAAGAAGAGAGUGGAUUCAUGGAUCUCUAUUGGAUUAUUUAUGAGGGAGGUUUAGAAUUAUUGGUGUCGUUUCUUCUUCAUCGUCACAAAGCCUGGAGAAAUACCUCUCUAAGAAUAUUUUCUGUGGUGGACAAUAGAGAGUCUGUGAGUACCAUCAAAGAUCACGUCUCUGAAAUUUUGUAUUAUCUUCGAAUUGAGGCAGAAUGCCAUGUCUUGUAUAUAGAGCCACAAGAAGAAACGCUCUUUACCGCCACAGCAGCAGCAGAUACCUCCACAGAGCGAUCAACAUCAACCACGGCGACACCAGAAAUUAGUCGCACGAACACGAACGAAUUGAGUGUGUCUAUCAGCCAUCCACAUAACCGUUCUUCACAGGUACCUCCUUCGUUGACAAGUACGUUUAGCUCAUCCACAUUAGAAAGUAGUGGUAUGAAUGACAACAUUGAGAUUAACUUGUCGGCGAGCCUAAAUCCUCCCCCACAAUUUCACCACAGAAAACCCAAAUUUGAUGAUUUUUUGGUGACCGCUUCACGCCUUAAUCAACUCAUUCGUGAAUAUUCUCUCACCUCGAAACUUGUUCUCAUUAAUUUACCGUUUCCUUCUCCUCGUUUAUCUCACUUGCACAUGAACGAUUUUGUACAGAGAGGAAAAGAAAUCAUCGGAGAAGCCAUUGCAUUGGAUCGAGCAAAGAAAUACGAGCAAGCUCUUGAAAAGUAUGCUCUGGGAGUGAAACACUUCUUAACAGGGUUAAAAUAUAUUAAAGGAGAAAAAACAAAAGAAACCACACGUGGCUAUGCAAAGCAAUAUUUAGAAAGAGCGGAAGAAAUUAAAAAAUUAUUGAAACAACAAGAACAAAGUUCCCAAACUUCUCAUUCUUCACCACCACAAAAAGAAAAUGUAAAAACUCAACCUAAUGUUGUGGUGAAUUCACAUAAAACAACACCAAAAGGUUCGUCCCCUCCCAAAGUGAAAAAACCAUCUCCAAGAAAAUACAUGUAUUCAAAACCUGUUUUACCAAGCAGUGCGAAGAAAAGAACCAUCGAUCAAACAUCACAACAAAAAACGGAACAACAAGAAUUAGAAUCGUCAAUUAAGAAUUCUAUUGUAAGAGAGAAGCCCAAUAUUUCAUGGGAUGAAAUUGUGGGAAUGGAUGGUCCUAAAGCCAUUGUAAACGAAGCAAUUAUAUUACCAAGACGUUUUCCUCAAUUAUUCACAGAAGAGAGAAAGCCAAUCAGAACUAUCCUGUUAUAUGGCCCACCAGGAACUGGUAAAAGCAUGUUCGUAAAAUGUGCAGCAAGUAAUAUUGAUGCAACAUUUUUCUCAGUGAGUUCCAGUGAUAUAGUUUCAAAGUUCAUGGGAGAAUCUGAAAAGCUUGUAAAGACCCUUUUCGAAGAAGCUAAGAAAUCACAACCAUCAGUCAUAUUUAUUGAUGAAAUUGAUGCAGUGGGCUCUGCUAGGGAUGGCUUUUCUGGCAGCAGUAGUAGCUCUGAAAGUAUGAACCGACUGAAAACUGAACUGUUGUUGAAAAUGCAAGAAAUUCUCGAUAUGGACAACAAUUCUGCUGGAGUGGUCGUGAUUGCUGCUACAAACAGACCUUCCGACCUUGAUCCAGCCCUAAGAAGAAGAUUCCAGAAGAGAAUCUACAUUCCACUUCCUGGAGAGAAUGAAAGAAAGCGUUUAUUCCAAAUCAACCUUGAAGGUGUCGAGUCAGAUGUCACACUGCAAGAUUUGGAUCAAUUUGCAAAAGCCACGAAUAACUACUCUGGAUCUGAUAUUUCAGUUGUUGUUCGGGAUGCCCUAAUGAAACCAUUAAGAGAGGCCAUGAAAUCAGAGUACUUUAAAUGGACUAAAGAAGGAACAAUAGAACCAUGCUCAGCUACCGAUGUAGGUGCUAAGAAAAUGAAUUUACUGGAUAUUCAAGAAACAAACAAGCUCAGAAUUGCAAAAGUCACUGCCCAAGAUGUAUUCGAUUCGAUUGCAUCGAUCAAACCAUCCACCAACCCUAAUGAACUUUCUCAAUUUGUAAAAUUUACACAGGACUAUGGAGAAUCAGAAUUUGACUUGUCACCGCCAUCCUCGAAUGAUGUGAAUACUACUCACACAGAAGAUUCACUGCCUUCUUCAUCAACGGCUCUUGAAAGAAAAAUAAGCACAAAACGAAGAAAACAUGAUGACAAUGGUAAUGAAUAG